AUGAGUUUACCGGAGCUUGAUUCGGCAGCGGAGUCCCUGCUUCGUGACCCCCAGUACCUCCUGAAGCUCCACCACCGUGUGGCACAGUGUCUUAGGAACUGUAACCCCUCAACUUUCGUGAGGUCCAUGUCAACAGCAUUCACGGCUAUCGACUCGAAAUACCGCGCACGGGAUCGCGAGCAAAGCACAGAGCUUUGGCUUCUGAAAGGAAUUCUACGCCAAAUAUUCCCCGUCAAAUCUUUCAGUGAUAGAGAGUUGGCUAUACUUCUAGCGGCUCUUCCACUAAGCGAGUACAGUGGCGCUGCAGCGUCGGAGGAGGGAUGUAUUCGUGUUAGCCCUGUGACACUACUUCGGUGCUUACGGCAGAUGUGUCCUAUGCGUUCUUCUAUGUUGUACGAGACGCUCCGUGGGAUGGACGCAAAAUCACCUAGGCCUCAUGCUUCGGAGUUCCCUUGUGGCAGGGAACUUGCAGCACACACUCAAGUGGGGAAAGAGGACAUGUGCGUCCUUGACUCCGCUAUGCUCGUAGAUCAUUUAACGCAGACACAUGGUCUUACCCUUUCGGAAGCAUUUUUCUUGAUUGACUACUGCUCCACAAACACAGCGCCGUCGGCGACGAAGGUCGCAAUUGAGGCACCUUACCUCUAUGCGCUGCUAUAUCUUCGACCGCUUCCUGCUGAGCUUCAUUAUCAGUUGAUUUUAUCUGUCUUCGCGGAGGCGGUCGGUGACCCAAACAGGGAAGGCCACUCUGGUACCCUGGCCCUCAUCACAGAGUUGCGGCAGGUGCCGCUAGAGCCCCUUGACACAUCGGGUGGAACAGAAUUAUCGAGAGCCUGCGCUGACAUAGAUCAGGAUUUGGUGAGAUGUGGCCUGAGUGCUUCUUCUUUUGAAAAGCUAUGCAGCGGCAUUCGUGUCGGGCUGACGAAGGAUGAUAUACGUGAACUUUUUAGCUACCUCCGGGGUAGAGAGGGUGGCUUCCACGAGGUAUUAUCGGUAAAAACCCUCAUGCAAGAGUUUGUGUGCCACUUCGCCCCCGUUGGUGAGUCGCUUUUUGCCAUUGUCGUAGAAGCUGUGAGGCGCUACGUGGUCAAAGAAGGAGGUAUGCUGGCUCUACCGCGUCUUUAUCUCAACCUCCCCGAUGGUGAGCUCCCAAUUGAAACAUUUGUGGCCUCUUUUCGCAAGGCCGGGGUACCAGAUACUGUUAGUGAUGUAGAGGUCGAGUGGUUACGGUUCAAGGCUAGAAACAAAACUCAACUAAUAGCGCUGCUGGGCGGCAAGUGCUCUGCAAAGCGAGAAGCACUGAUCAAACAGCUGUUCGGGAGGAUGGCAGGUGGUUGCGACGCUUCAGGAGGAGUUGUGAACGUUACAACUGAACAUCUGCUGGCCUCUUUCCACCCUGGAAAUGCCGAGGGGGGACUUGUGAGCGGUGAGGAAUGGCGCCAUGUUAUGUCAUCGUGCCUCGGAGAAAAAUUCGCGUAUGAUCGUUUUUUUUAUUUCUGGAACUCUAUUUCCGCUGCUUGUAGUGACGACUCCGUUUUCACGAUGAUACUCUGGCGCUGCUUCAACAUGCACACGAAACCGUAA